UUUUCACUUUUAUUUUAUAAUAAAAAGAGAUAUUAUUUUAAAUUUGUAUAAAAUUCUUCUUUUACAAUUUGUGGCACUUGAAAAUACUUUUUAUCGAGGAGAAAAACGUAUAAAACUGAUACCACAACAACCACGAAUUUUAUACUAAAAUAUGGCAGAAGCAACAACGGAUAACAAUAAAAAAAUAGAUAAUCUUAAAUCACUGGAUGAGAUAAUAUAUCCAGAAAUUGAACCCGGUAUUAUAAGUAAACACAUGAUCGAAAAAUCAUAUUUAGAGGAUGGUUACAAUGGCGAAGAGGCACGAUUGCAUCAAAUGGAACCCGUGAUUUAUGAACGCAUAACAACAUUGCGUUUGGAUUUCCGAAACAUAUUGCGCAUAGAUCACUUAUGGAUUCUGCCAAAUUUAACCAAGUUGGCCUUAAAUUGCAAUAAAAUCGAAGUUAUUGAAAAUAUUGAAAUGCUAGUGAACCUUAAAGAGCUCGAUCUUAGUUUCAACUACAUAGAACGUAUUGAAAAUCUCGAUAAAUUGAUAAAUCUAGAAGUUUUGUCACUCUUCAGCAACAUGAUAACAAAAUUGGAAAAGUUAGAUACUCUUGAGAAAUUAGUUAUAUUGAGUAUUGGUAAUAAUCUAAUAAGUUCCACGAAGGGAAUUGAACGCUUACGUUUUCUAACAAAUUUAAAAGUUCUAAAUUUGGAAGGAAACCCUUUAUCAAAUGAUCCAGAAUUUUGUUUGAUGGACUAUAUUGCUGCAGUUUUGCCGCAUGUCAAAUAUUAUGAGUAUGUAGCCAUUAAAAAUGAGGAUCGGCAAAGGGCUAAAGAACGUUAUUAUAGGGAACUUCGGGAAAUCGAGGCUAACGAAGAAAUAGAACUUCAAACUCGUGCACAAAAAGCUAGAGAGGAACGAGAUGCAGAACGUCUAUCCUCAAGUUUUGUGGAACAUUUAAAUGAACAUCAACUGUAUGAGUCAUUGUGGAAAGGUGACGAUGAUGGCCGUAUACUCUUGAUGGUCGGCUCUUCAGCCGCUGAUCUGGCCGAAGAAUAUGACAAAGAUAUUUUUGAGUUGACUCAGGAAAUCUAUAAACUGGGCUUGCAGAAAUUUGAAGAACGUCAACAAGAAAUUGAACAAUUUACCAACAGCAUGGAAGAAGGUCACUUGGAGGUACAACAAAUGGGUCACAAGAUACUGGAAGAAUUUCAACAGUAUAAGGAAAAUAUAUUCGAAAAAGCUAUUGCAUGUCACAAAUACUUAGAAGGUAGAGCUUUGAGGGGUGAAGAUGAGGAAACUGAAGAGAGCUUAGAACAAUCAGAUAAAUUGGAUCAUUUAUCUGUGGAAUUUGAUGAUAUUGUUAAUAGUGUAUGGCAGCAAUUGAUGAGCCAGGAACUACAUUUGCACGAGACAACAGAGGAAACAAUCAUCAUAUUUCAAAGACGUCUCCAGGAAAUGAUUGCAAAAUUUGUAGAACAAGCUCAAACGUACUUCGGUCAAUUGCGUGAUAUUGCUGUACAUUUUUCCGAAAAUUUAGGCGAAAUUGUCAAUCGUUAUAUAGCAACCAAAUUGGCCUUACAAGAUUUUGACGGUGUUCCUAAGCCACUACGAAAUUGUAUGGAAGAUCGCGAAGCUAUAGCAAAUUUAAUAGCUGGCACGAAGGACUGCCACACACAGCGCAUCGAUGAACGUGAAGAUCGUUUGAUGACUCGUAGCAAGUUCUUCAUUGAUGACAUGAUCGAUAAAUUGAAUAAAGAUGAACUUGAGCGCAAUCGUGCAAAAGUUUUAGAAAUUAAUACAUUUCUUGAUUUGAUGACUGAAAACCUACAAUCGUUGCAGCAAGAAGUACGAGAUGAACUUCUUAAUGAAGAAGGCUAAAUAUGUGUGUAAGUUGAGUUAGCAAUUUAAAUAUUAUUUAAAAUAUAUUUUUUUAUAAAUGUGUAUAUAUUUUUGUAAUUCUAAAUAAAAACAUACAUUUA